AUUAGAACUCCGCGUAUGGUACAUACUCAGUGAUUUAAAUUCAAAAAUUAUCAUUUUUUUCAGCGUUGUUUAAAUUACUUAGAUACCUGCAUUUUAAUCGUUUAAUUUCAUACUCGUUUUGUUUUUUCAAUCAGUAUUUUUUAUUGAGAUUUUUCUAAGCGGCCUGGCAGAGAUUUUAGAUUUUUUAGUGGAACCAUACCCAUGGUGAAUUCGCAGAUCCCUCUUCGCAUGUACCAUUUUUAUGAUGCGUCUUAUGCGAGUUGGUUAGUUCUCAUAUUGUGUUUACUACAACAAAAUGUGGCAAAUUCGCAAACCGAAGGCGACAAAGAUACUAAAAUAUUUUUGAAAAAACAGGACACCACAAAGUUCAAUCAUUUAGUGGUGGAUGAAGAUCAAGGAUUUGUGUUUAUUGGAGCAGUAGAUCUUCUCUACCAGUUAAGCUCUGAUUUAGAAUUGGUUGCCAAUUGGACGGUGGAUAACUCUUCCCUGAAAUGCGAUGAUUUAGAAGAUGUAUCAAACGGAGUGAAAAAAUCAAUUGCUAAUUACAAUAAAAUUCUUCUUCUGGAUUAUACUCAUUCUCAAUUAAUAUCGUGCUGGAGCACGUGUUAUGGUUUAUGCAAAAUAUACACCUUUGGAAAUCCAUUACGAGAAAUGGGUAAUGCCACUAAACCGAUGGUACUAUCUCGAGAUGAGAACGCUUCAACUGUUGCAUUCUUAGGUCAACAAAAUUCGGGAGGUACAAUUUUGUACAUUGGAGUUACUAUUACAACUAGUCAAUCAAAGGUUCCAGCCAUGUCUAAAAUAGAACAGCGCCCAAACACUGAAUAUCUUCAUAUCGCUGAUAGUAUCACUCUUGGAGAUGCCUAUCAAGGAAAGUAUAUUAUUAACUACAUAUACGGUUUCAAGUCGGGCGAUUUUAUUUAUUUUUUGACCACUCAAAUGAGUUCUACACAGACCUCGUUGUACAUAUCGAAAUUAGUAAGGACCUAUCAAAAAGCUUCCUUUAAUCAAAGCUACAUAGAGAUUCCGAUCGAAUGCUUCAAUGAAAAAGGAAGAAAAUAUAACCUAGCCCGAGCUGCAUUCGUUGGAAAACCAGGUUCGGAAUUGGCAGAUUCGCUAGGUACAACUCCACAUCACGAUGUUUUGUUUGGAAUUUUUGCUCAAAGCGAAAAGCAAACUGCGGGUUAUGAAUCGAGUAAACCAAGUAAUAGAAGCGCAAUGUGCAUAUAUUCGCUGAAAGAAAUAGACGAGAAGUUCGAUCAAAAUAUCAAACGUUGCGCCAAUGGAGCGGGGAACCGGGGACUGGAAUUCAUAAUCCCACCACAUCAAAAAUGUAAGAGUACGUCCAUUGGUUCGGCAUACAAAAAUGCACCUCUCGAAGGUAACUCUUUAGUAAAGACGAAUGCUUCCAGUACAUUUGAUACGCUUGUGACCGCUGUACAUGCACAAUCAUAUGCAGACGAUCUUACAGCUGUGUUUGUGGGUACAAAUACUGGGCAUGUAAAGCAAAUAGUGAUGGAAAACAAAUCUAAUGCAUACGAAUGCAAGGAUAUUGCUAUUGAUGAAGGAUUUGCAAUAAACUCAGAUUUACAUUUUGACCCGAAAACGAAUAAUUUGUACAUUAUGACUGAGAAAAAGCUGACCAAGAUUAAGGUAGCUCCAUCAAUAUACUCAUUCAAACCAACGUUAGGGUUCUUAGGGGAUAUCAUCAAUGUUACCAUUCUAGUUAAUAAUUAUUUGGCUUGUUCAAUCAACAAUACCCAACAUAGCAUUACAGUUGCCGGAAUGCCUUGUACCGCAUAUCUACCUCUGCAUUCUGCAGAAAUAGUUUGCAUCGUUGAUAGUGGCAGUAUAAAUUUAGCAGAACCUAAUGAAUACGAAGGUCCAAUUGAAAUUCAAGUGCAUGGCAUCAACAGUAAAUCCGAACAGAAUUUCAGCAUUAUUGAUCCAAAAAUUGAGAGCAUUAAUCCAUUAAGAGGCUCUUUCUAUGGAGGUAACAAACUGAUCAUUAACCCUAUCAAAGUAAAAAAUACGUAUACGCAUACGUAUGCCGAUUUUUGGACUAAUCGUGCGUUUACGCAUACGGAUAGAGUACAUUUACGAAUGCGUAAACGCAUAAUUAUUCCAAAAAUCGGCAUACGUAUGCGUACGCAUGCGUAUCCGCACUUUUUUCUUUGA